GUCUGCUGCCGCUGCCAGUCUGCCACAGUCAGACAGCUGAGGAUAUUCAGGCGGUGGAUCCGCGGCUCAGCUCAGCAAGGCCUUGUUAAAUCAAAAACGUUCGAGUCUCCGCUGUGUUUAAAUGGCGAAAACGUACGAUUAUCUCUUUAAGCUGUUGCUCAUCGGAGACAGCGGUGUCGGCAAGACAUGCCUGCUGUUCAGAUUCAGCGAGGACUCCUUCAAUACCACCUUCAUAUCCACAAUAGGAAUAGACUUCAAAAUCAGAACAAUAGAGCUGGAUGGGAAGAGAGUCAAACUUCAGAUUUGGGACACUGCAGGACAAGAGAGGUUUCGAACCAUCACCACAGCUUACUACAGAGGGGCUAUGGUGAGUCAACUCUUCUUUCCACACUUUAUCCCUCGGUGUGUGUGUUGCAUGUCAGGUUAUGGACAUUGUUUGUUUUUCCUUCACAGGGUAUUAUGUUGGUCUAUGACAUCUGCAAUGACAAGUCCUUUGAAAACAUAAAAAACUGGAUUAGAAACAUUGAAGAGCAUGCCUCGUCUGAUGUGGAGAAGAUGGUCUUGGGUAACAAAUGUGACAUGACUGACAGGAGACAGGUGUCCAAAGACAGGGGUGAAAAAUUGGCUAUUGACUAUGGAGUUAAAUUUCUGGAAACCAGUGCUAAGUCUAGUAUAAAUGUAGAGGAGGCUUUUUAUACAAUGGGAAGAGACAUACUACAUAAUCUGAGCUCAAAGACGACUGACACCAGUGCCGGAGCGUCGGGCAAACCAGUCAAGAUCACUGAGAAGAAGUCCAAGAGGAUUAAAAUCUUCAAGUGUUCGCUCCUCUAGGCUUCUUAACUCCAGUUUUCGCAUCUCACUGCUACUGUGACUCUGCUGUUUUGGAGCCUUACUCCCUGCUGGACACCUUCACAUCGGCGGAGGCUGCGGCGGCUGCGGCACUCAUCAUAAUCAGAGAGCCUUAUAGCCAGCUGAAGCUAACAGGUUCACAAGUGCUUGAAAUGCAAUCCUGAUCAGAUGACCAGAGGUGCAUCAGGGACAGCUGAGGCCUGAUGCUGUAUAUCCGCUCAUGCAAAAGACCUGUGUGUGUGAUGGUCAGCAGUCGUCUGCUCACAGAAGGGAGUGAUUCUUUUGGCUUUCUUUAUACCUCUGAUGGAAAAAUCUCAGUUACACAUAGUUGUCUUAUUAUUAUAUAAAAGAAUGAAUAGAUUUUUUUUUUCAUCUGAUGUAGCAUACUUUCAUACGCACUACCUAUUAUCAUGUUCAAUAUGAUUCUUGAGACUUAAAGCACUGAUUGUAUGUGUCUGUGUGAUUUCACGUGUGUAAAUAGGCUUAUGGGCUGUGCUUAUUCAUGUGUGCCAAGAAGGAGUAAUGUUACAGAAAAAGGCAAAAGUAUUUAUGAAUACAACCUAUACUGUAUUGUAAUGUUUUUCUUUUUUCCUCUUUUCUAUUCUUUUUUUAAAAUAUUUAUACAAGUGUCAGUUUUUGCAUGGAAGGUGUAGGGUCAACUUUGAGUGGGUCAAUAUUGAGCACAUUUUUAAGUAUUUUAAAAGAAAAAAGAGGUUUACAGACAGUGUUUCAAAGUGUCUGACAUGUCCAUGUAUAGGUCAUUCAUUGUGUUUGCUGUUAGCAUAGUAGGAGUUGUGUAUAUCCUUUAUUUUCACUGUGAAACUGUAGACAUCACACUGGUUCCCCUCUACAUCUCCACUAUGAAAACACAGUGACAUGGAAAGCUGUGAUGUGAAUGGUUGUCUUUGUAAGCUGCUGCUGUGUUACACCAAUGAAAAGUAAAGAUGGUAAAGAAAG